AUGGCAUUCCUGAAAAACCUACUUGAAAUGUCUGCGCCCGGCCCCUCCGUGAAUGAGGGGUACGACAUGAUCAUGCUGGGCACCGGCCUGAUGGAAUGUAUCCUGUCAGGUAUAAUGUCAGUGAAUGGAAAGAACGUUCUUCACAUGGAUAGAAACCCAUAUCCUGGAGGAGAGAGUGCAUCAUCUAUAACACCACUGGAAGAUUUAUACAAAAGAUUUAGAAUACCCGGAGCACCACCAGCAUCCAUGGGGAGAGGAAGAGACUGGAAUGUUGACUUAAUUCCCAAGUUCCUUAUGGCACAUGGUCAGCUGGUUAAGAUGUUGCUUUUUACACAGGUCAUUCGCUAUCUGCAUUUCCAAGUGACUGAAGGGAGCUUUGUUUAUAAAGGAGGAAAAAUCUGCAAGGCUCCUUCCACUGAAGCAGAAGCCCUGGCAUCUAGCCUAAUGGCGUUUGAAAAACGUCGAUUCAGAAAAUUCCUGGUGUAUGUUGCCAGCUUUGAUGAGAACUAUCCUAGAACUUUUGAGGGCAUUGAUCCUAGGAAGAUGGCCAUGAGAGAGGUGUAUAAGAAAUUUGACUUGGGCCAAGAUGUUAUAGGUUUUACUGGUCAUGCGCUGGCACUUUACAGAACUGAUGACUAUUUAUAUCAACCAUGUUGUGAAACCAUUAACAGGAUUAAACUUUACAGUGAGUCUUCGGCAAGAUAUGGCAAAAGCCCAUACCUUUAUCCACUCUACAGCCUUGGAGAACUGCCAGGAUUUUCACAGCUAAGUGCUAUUUACGGAGGUACAUACGUGCUGAAUAAACCAAUUGAAGAAAUCAUUAUGCAAAAUGGAAAAGUGAUUGGUGUAAAAUCUGAAGGAGAGAUUGCUCGCUGUAAGAAGCUCACCUGUGAUCCCAGCUACUCCAUCAUCUGUGAUCGAAAAAGAAAAUUGGGCCAGGUGAUCAGAGUCAUCUGGAUCCUCAGCCACCUCAUCAAGAACACCAGCAACGCCAGCUCCCGCCAGAUCAUUAUUCCACACAACCAAGUCAACCAGAAGUCAGAUAUCUAUGUCUGCAUGAUCUCCUCCGCACACAACGUGGCAGCACAGGGCAAGUACGUUGCCAUCGCUAGCACAACCGUGGAGACCAAGGAACCCAAGAAAGAAAUCAGACCAGCUCUGGAGCCCUUGGAACCAACUGAGCAGAAAUUCGUUAGCAUCAGUGACUUCCUUGUACCAAAGGAUUUGGGAACAGAAAGCCAGAUCUUUAUAACCCCUACGUGUGAUGCAACAACUCACUUUGAGAUGACCUGUGAUGACAUUAAGGACAUCUAUAAGAGGAUGAUGGGAUUUGAGGAAAUGAAGCAGAAGAAAAAUGACAUGUAUGGGGAAGACUGA